AUGUCGCCAACACCAUCACUAUUCCCCAGUCAACCACCAGAGGAUGACUUCAAUUCCCGUCGCGCUACUUCAAUGUCACCAAUGCCACUGCUCGUGACAUCAACAUUCUUCUCAUCCAUUGAGUCUGUGCCUUCAACGUCUGCAUCAGUUGCAGUCAAUGACAUUCGGCAACCAGCGCCACCUUUGGAAACUCACCAGUCAGCUCAGGCUUCUCCGUCCAUCAUUCCUGUGCAUGUCCCAAUAUACGAUCGUGGCAAGCCACGACGAGUCUGGCCACAGGGAAUGUACACAGUUGAUAUGGUUGUCGGCUUUCAGCAGAUGGACAUCCCAAAGUUCCGUAACUAUGGUCAGGAGCAGCUUUUUCGUCUCAUCUUUGGUGACACUCCGUUUGUUAAGGCCACAUAUCAUGAAAAUUGCAAGGCGUGGCGCGAGACGCCACUGACCAUCCUCGAGGCACACAAGCAAAGCGGGCGCACUCAAGAUGGCCUUUGGUCGAACUGUCUUGCUGCGCGCCGCAUUGCCUUGGGUCUGGAGAGCAAGAAACAUAGCCGGCGGAAGUAGUGUCAAAGUAUUG